AUGGAACCUCACACAAUUACUUGGUUCUUUCCUUUCCUCAUCUCUCUCUUUCUCUUCACCUUCAUCCUUCUUUCCAAGCUUAGAAAAAUAAACCACAAAAAACUUCCACCAAGCCCACCUUCCCUUCCGGUCAUCGGUCACCUUCAUCUCCUCAGAGAUCCUUUGCACCGAGUGCUACACAAUCUCUCCAACAAAUACGGUCCAAUUCUAUCCCUCUCAAUCGGCUCCCGUCCGGUGGUGGUUGUCUCCUCCCCCACUGCCGUCCGUGAGUGCUUUACCAAAAACGACAUCGUAUUCGCCAACCGCCCUCGCUUGCUUUCAGGGAAGUACAUAAACUACAACUACACCGCAGUUGGAUUUGCCCCCUACGGCCAACACUGGCGCAACAUGCGCCGCAUAGCCACGACGGAGCUACUCUCCAACCAUCGCCUCAACACGUAUCUCAACAUCCGGGUGCAAGAACUGAAGUUAUGGAUAAAGAAUUUGUACAAAUUAAUUUGUAGGGAGGAUAAUUUUGUUGGGGUGGAAAUGAAAUCGAAAUUGAAGGAAUUGUCUUUCAAUAUUGUGAUGAGGAUGGUUAGUGGGAAACGGUAUUUUGGUGUAGAAGUGGUGGAUGUGGAGGAAGCGUUAGAAUUUAGGGAGCUUACGAAGGAGCUUCUUGAAUUGAGUGGCGCGACGAAUCCAGCGGAUUUUUUGACCAUUUUGAGAGUGUUUGAUUUUCAAGGACUAAAUAAAAGGAUGUUGAAAGCGAGUGGGAGAGCUGAUGUUUUCCUACAAAAACUCAUUGAUGAACAGAGGGAAAGGAGACUUUCACGUUGGCCGGAGGAUAAACAUGGAAAAUCUAUGAUUCAAACUCUGCUCUCCUUGCAAGAAUCCCAACCUGAUUAUUACUCCGAUGAUAUUAUCAAGGGUCAUGUUCUGACGAUGUUGGCUGCAGGUACAGAUACAACAUCAGGAACAAUAGAAUGGACGAUGUCGCUACUUUUGAAUCAUCCAACGGUGAUGAAGAAGGCUUGGAUUGAGAUAAGAGAUUGCGUUGGGGAGAAUCGGAUGGUGGAGGAAGCCGAUGUGAGUAACCUCAGAUAUAUGGAAGCAAUAAUCUACGAGACUCUUCGACUGUUUCCAGCGGCUCCAUUGUUGGUUCCACAUGAAUCCUCUGAAGAUUGUAGAAUUGAAGGAUUUGAGGUUCCCAAAGGAACAAUGUUGUUGGUGAAUGCAUGGGCCAUUCAUAGGGACCCAAAAGUGUGGGAAGAUCCCAACAGCUUCCGACCAGAGAGGUUUCUAAAUUGGGAAGGUGUUGAAUCCUACAAAUGGAUACCUUUUGGAAUGGGAAGGAGAGCUUGUCCAGGGGCUGCACUCGCCCAACGAGUCGUGGGAUUGACAUUGGCCACUUUGAUUCAGUGCUUUGAGUGGGAGAAGGUUGAUGAACAACAAAUAGACUUGUCUGAAGGAAGUGGAAUCACUAUGCCUAAAGCCAAAGCUUUGGUGGCAAUGUGUAAACCUCGUAACUCUAUGCUUCAUUUACUCUCUUGUCUUUGA